AUGAAUAUUCGAACCGAAUCAUUACCAACUCCUACUUUACCUGAUUAUGCAUUUGGAGAAAGACUAGGUGCUGGAUCAUAUGGAACUGUAUAUAAAGCAAGAUUAAUAUCAAAUAUUCCAUCAAGACCAGCUUCAGCUGCUUGUAGUCGUCCUUCAAGUGCUCGACCUGCAAGUGCUUUACCACCUUUUUAUGCUAUUAAAUGCAUUAAUCGUAAAUCUUUAACAAAAACUACAGAAGAUUUACUUAUAAAUGAAAUACGAUUACUUAAACAUAUAAAACAUGAAAAUAUUGUUGAAAUGUAUGAUUUUCAGUGGGAUGAGAAUUAUAUUUAUAUUAUAAUGGAAUAUUGUGCUGGAGGUGAUAUGUCAAUGUUUAUACGUUCUCGACAACAAUUAUCUGAAGUUCGUGCACGUCCAUUUGUAAAACAAAUUGCUAAAGUAUUAAAAUUUUUAAAGGAAAAAAAUCUUACACAUAUGGAUUUAAAACCUGAAAAUAUUCUAUUAUUAUCAACUGACAAACCAACUUUAAAAGUUGCUGAUUUUGGUGUAGCACAACAUAUCGGUACACAGGGAAGUCGAAGUAUACGUGGAACAUUAAUGUAUAUGGCACCAGAAAUUCUUUCUUCUCAUCCAUAUGAUAAUCGAGUUGAUCUUUGGUCAAUUGGAGUUAUACUUUAUGAAUGUCUUUUCGGUCGUCCACCUUUUGUUUUUAUAUCAAUUAAUGAUUUAAUCGAUACAAUUAAAUCCGAUGUUCCAAUUGAAAUUCCAAAUGAUGUACGAUUAUCACCGGAAUGUCGUCAUUUAUUAGAAGGUUUAUUACAACGUGAUCCAGAUAAACGAAUAAGUUUUACAGAUUUUUUUCGACAUCCAUUUAUUUUUAAUAAUCAUUCAUUACAAAUAAAUCGUGCAAAUGAACUCUUAAAACAAUCAAGCGAUUAUGAACGAUCAGGAGAUUUACAAAAAGCUUUGGGUUAUCAUCUUAGAGCAUUAGAUGAAUAUGUUGCAAUAAUCAAAAUUGAUGAAGAUGCUGAUCAUCGUCGAUCAUUAAGAGCGAAAGUAGCACAAGGUAUACAUGCAGCUGAAGAUUUAAAAAAACGAAUACGAGAAACAACAGGUAGUUCUGGGUUAACGCCACCCAUAACAACAAGUACAUUACCAUCACCAACUAUGAUUCAUACUGGCAUUGAUUUAAAUAAUGACAAAGAACUUCUUGAUGCUUAUCAACAUUGUUUAAAUGGAAAUCAACUUAUGAAUCAAUUUGUAUUUGCACAGGCUGUUGAAGAAUAUGAAAAAGGUUUAACUGUCAUGUUUCGUGUAUCUCAAACUGAAACCGAUACCGAAAAAAAAGAAAUUCUUCGUAAAAUGAUAAUUCAUUAUUUGAGUAAAGCUGAAUCAUGUAAACAAAAAAGUGAAACUCAACGACUAGAUUUAGCUAUAGAAAAAUUAAAACUAGAUACAGCCAAUGAUGCAACAGUAACAGAACAUACAAUUCCUGAUGAAUUAAUUAAUUCCGAAAAGAAACAACAAUCAACUUUACCGCAAAAUUGUCGCUUACAGUGA